GGUACAGUUGCUACAUCUUUCAAAAGGCGGGCUAGCUGCUAAUUUGUUGGGAAUUCAUCAGACACUCCUGAGGGUUCUGCUGUCAUUUGCCUUGGCUGCAAAGAAUUGUGUGCUCAGAAGGGAGAACUGGAGCAGUGAAGUCAUUGCCCUGCCUGGUGUUGUGACAUCACUAUGGCUCAAAGGAAACAAGGGUGGGGCAGGCAAAACCAGACGGUCUGAAGCAUCUUGCUGCCUUUAACUUUGCCUGAUAAAUGAAUGAGACUCCUUUCUCAAGUUGAACUGCGCCAUAAGAACAAUCAACCAUGACGACCGAAUCCGGCUCAGACUCAGAAUCCAAGCCAGAGCAGGAGGCCGAGCCCCAGGAGGCAGCGGGGGCGCAGGGGCAAGCCGGGGCGCAGCAGGGGCCUGAGCCCAGCGGUGAGGACCAGCAGCAGGCCCUGGAACAGUUCGAGGGCGCGGCACACAGCACCCCCGUGAGGAAGGAGGUCACUGACAAGGAACGGGAGUUCGCUGCUGGGGCUGCAAAACAGCUCGAAUAUCAGCAAUUGGAAGACGAUAAACUUUCUCAGAAAUCAUCUAGCAGUAAACUAUCUCGAUCUCCAUUAAAGAUUGUCAAAAAGCCUAAAAGCAUGCAGUGCAAAGUGAUACUUCUGGAUGGAUCAGAAUAUAUCUGUGACGUGGAGAAACGCUCCAGAGGCCAAGUGCUCUUUGAUAAAGUAUGUGAACAUCUGAACUUGCUAGAAAAGGACUAUUUUGGGCUUACGUAUCGAGAUGCCGAAAACCAGAAGAAUUGGCUGGACCCUGCUAAGGAAAUAAAAAAACAGAUUCGAAGUGGUGCUUGGCACUUUUCAUUUAAUGUGAAAUUUUACCCACCAGACCCCGCCCAGCUCUCUGAAGACAUCACCAGGUACUACCUCUGCCUACAGUUGCGAGAUGACAUCGUGUCCGGAAGGCUGCCCUGCUCCUUUGUCACCCUGGCCCUGUUGGGCUCCUACACUGUCCAGUCAGAACUUGGAGACUAUGACCCAGAUGAAUGCGGGAAUGAUUACAUUAGUGAGUUCCGCUUCGCCCCAAACCACACGAAAGAACUGGAAGACAAAGUGAUCGAGCUGCACAAGAGCCACAGAGGAAUGACGCCAGCAGAAGCAGAGAUGCAUUUCUUGGAAAAUGCCAAAAAGCUGUCCAUGUAUGGGGUCGAUUUACAUCAUGCCAAGGAUUCUGAAGGAGUAGAAAUUAUGCUAGGAGUUUGUGCGAGUGGUCUGUUGAUAUAUCGUGACCGACUGAGAAUAAACAGAUUUGCCUGGCCUAAGGUUCUAAAAAUUUCAUACAAACGGAACAACUUUUACAUUAAGAUCCGGCCAGGAGAGUUUGAACAAUUUGAAAGCACCAUCGGGUUUAAGCUGCCAAACCAUCGAGCUGCCAAACGUUUAUGGAAAGUAUGUGUUGAACAUCACACAUUUUUCAGACUGUUGUUACCAGAAGCACCUCCAAAGAAAUUCCUUACCUUGGGCUCCAAGUUUCGUUACAGUGGCAGGACGCAAGCCCAAACGAGAAGAGCCAGCGCGUUGAUAGAUCGUCCUGCCCCUUACUUCGAACGCUCAUCCAGCAAACGCUACACCAUGUCUCGCAGCUUGGAUGGAGCGUCAGUGAAUGAAAACCAUGAAAUAUACAUGAAGGAUUCUGUGUCUGCUGCAGAGGUUGGUACUGGCCAGUACGCCACAACAAAGGGCAUCUCUCAGACCAACUUGAUCACCACUGUGACUCCGGAGAAAAAGGCCGAGGAGGAACGGGACGAGGAAGAGGAGAGACGGAAGAAGGCAGAGGAAGCCACGCCGGUGGCCGCAGUACGGCACGAGGGAAAGACCGACAGUGAGCGCACGGACACCGCGGCCGAUGGGGAAACCACCGCCACUGAGGAGCUAGAUAAAACUCAAGAUGACCUGAUGAAACAUCAAACCAAUAUUAGUGAGCUGAAAAGAACCUUUUUAGAAACCUCCACAGACACUGCCAUCACAAACGAAUGGGAGAAGAGACUCUCCACCUCCCCAGUGAGACUAGCCGCCAGGCAGGAGGACGCGCCCAUGAUCGAACCGCUUGUACCCGAAGAGCCGAGUAUGAUAAAGAAAAUGCAGGAAGGAGACGCCGCGGUUACCUCUCGUCAAAUCAUUUUCCAGAAAACUGUCCCAUCGACCCUAGAGACUAAACAGUCUUCUGCCGAAAAGCUCAUGGAUGGCUCUGAAAUCUUCAGUUUAUUAGACUCUGCGAGAAAACCAACGGAAUUCAUAGGAGGGGUUACUUCUACUUCUCAAAGCUGGGUUCAGAAAACGGAAACCAAGACGGGGCCCAGCAAAACAGAGCCGGAAACAAGCCAGCACCCCCAGUCACUUAGCACCGAGAAGGUUGUGCAGGAAACCGUGUUGGUGGAGGAAAGACAUGUCAUGAAUGUGCAUGCGAGUGGGGAUGCUUCUUACGCAGCUGGAGAGGAUGUGGAUGCUGCAGCACAGGCAGCAUCUGCUGAUGCUUCUGGCUUGAAAGGGAAGGAGGGCUCUGCCCUGACAGAGGGGGCUAAAGAGGAAAAGGGGGAGGUGGCUGGCAAAGCUGUCCUCGAACAGGAAGGAACGGCCACUGCUUCCCAUGAGUCAGAGGAGGAGCACAGUGCAGCAACCCACGUUUCUGAAACUUGGGAACAAAAACCUCAUUUCGAGUCAUCGACUGUGAAGACAGAAACCAUCAGCUUUGGCAGCGUUUCACCAGGAGGAGUAAAGCUAGAAAUUUCUACCAAGGAAGUGCCGGUAGUUCACACAGAAACGAAAACCAUAACGUAUGAAUCCUCACAGGUCGAUCCGGGUGCCGAUUUGGAGCCGGGUGUGCUGAUGAGCGCACAGACGAUCACAUCUGAAACCACCAGUACCACAACCACCACCCACAUCACCAAAACUGUGAAAGGAGGCAUUUCAGAGACGAGGAUUGAGAAGCGCAUAGUCAUCACAGGAGAUGCGGACAUUGACCACGAUCAGGCUCUGGCUCAGGCAAUUAAAGAGGCCAAAGAGCAGCACCCUGACAUGUCAGUGACCAAAGUAGUGGUCCAUAAAGAGACCGAGAUCACACCGGAAGACGGAGAGGAUUGACCCCAGGAAUAACUUAGCCUGCACAUGAAUCCAGUCAUGCAAACCAUUAGGAAAACCAGAGCCUAUAUGGAGUCCCCUCUUCUAACCCAACUGACUUGUAUCUGCCCAUGGAAAAUUUCAAUCCGGAAGAACUGACCUUGACCGUUAACAAAGACACUGGCAGAGAGAUCUUCCCAUAAUAAAGCAAUCCGAAUCAGCAUCACGAAACUGAUAUUGCAUGAAGCAACGAUAAAAUUACAAAAAGAGUAGCAUUUUUAAUUUCCACCAAGUGUCUAAGUUUUCAGCUAUACCUGCACGUUCAUAACCAACAAUAUAAACCGUGAUCUCAUGUAACACAUAAACAAUCCAUGCCUUUCAUAGUUUAUCCAAGUCUAAACAAAACUGCAGUUUCUUAGGUGACAGAUCUUUUGUUUACAGACAGACGAAGAUGACCCUAAAAUGCUAGAAGCUGUCUAGGUCCGAUGUGUCAGGUUUAUCCCAGAUUAGAUGUGCCAAUAACCGAGUUUAUUCAGUAAACAACUUGGAUCUUGUACUUGUUUCACCUGGUUUUAUUACUCCGCCCGUAAACAGCAACGACUCCCGAUCGUCUGGAAAUAUUUAAUGCUUACAAUCCUGCUUUGUGUAUCUGACUUAAUCCGUUACCGGGUAGUACUGAUUUUAGCAUAUUAAUGUGAAAUUUCUUCCUCGUUCGCUUUGGUCUGCGUCCAAUCCGGAAAGCUUCCAAGAGUUCCCUGACAAGUCCUAAAUAUAUGUGAAUUGUCACUAUUUGGGGAAGAAAAUCUGUAUUUUUGUUAGUUUACAAUAUUAUGAAAUUUCACCCCAGAAAAACCUGUUGGGCUUCUGAUGCUUCGUUUUCUUUCUUCGUUCCUUCUUCCUUGUGUUUUUUUAAGUUGAUUUUUUUUUCUUUUACUUGAAAAACAGCGUUUUAUUUCCAAAUCUGGUCCAUAUUUACAAUCUAGUUCAGAGCCAAGCCUUAAAUUGUACAGAAUUUCCACUGUAAUUAAAGUAUUUAGUGUUUAGUUAUAAAUAGCCUUCAAAAAGAUAUAUUCUCCAUUACACUGUCAACUGCAUCACACAGCCCAUGGUGAAUGUAUGUUUCUGCAUAGCAAAAUAAAAAUGGUAAAUGCAUUUAAAGCUCUAA